GUUGGCAUCUCGUUAGUUGCGAUAGUUGGCAUGUUACGUGUGUUUUCGGCUUCGUCGCUUCAUUCUCGUCUCGUUCUCGUUUCCUUCCUCCUUUAUUCCGAUUCCUCGUUUUGCGUGUAUUGCGCGGUACAACGCAUACGAACAAAUUUAUCCGAAGCGAAAUACCGCGUGCAGCAACAAAAGAAAAACACACUCAACAACAACAACACACACGCAUGCACACACGCAUGCAGUCAUUAUCGCAACACCAAUAACAACAGGAAGAACAACAACAACAAAAACAUUUCUAACGCGCUGAAAAUUGCGGAGUCCAGCCUUUUAUAUUUGCUGCAUUUGCUAUCUAACUUGCCGCACAAUUGUUCUGUUCCGUUGACAGCAUCAAAAACGCAUUGUUAAAAAGAAAUUAAUAUAUAAAUUUUAAACAAAACACAAAAAAAAACCAAGAAAAGAACGAAAAACGCGUGGGUGCGCGGUCUGUUGAUUUUUUUUUUGUGGUUAACAACAACAACAAGAACCAUCGGAGGGACGAACAUCAAGAACAACCACCGUUAGCAGUAAGCAGGAGAAUCAAAAUGACAUCGAAAAAACGAAAAACACUGUUGGAUGCCGAUGACGACAAUGACAAUUUUGAUGAAGACGAUUCGGGCUCCGAUUUCGACGAUGACGAGGAUCCAGAUCAAAUAGAAGUGCCCGGUGGAGGUCGCGAUUUGAACACAGCCGUUACGUACGCCCAAAAUAUCCGUAGCGGAGUGGGCGUGGCGCCCAAAGGCGGUAUACCCAUACCCAUAAGUGGGGCGAAAAUUGUUGUUGGCAAUAAUAAAAUCAAGCCAAUAUCGUUGUUGCGCAUUAACAACAAUAACAACAAUAUAGUCACCAGUGUUAACAAUAGAAACAACAACAAUAUCAUCAGCACCAACGGCAGCAGCAAUAACAACAACAAUAGCAUCAACAACAACAGCCAGAUAAUAAAAACAACAACAGUAACAACAACACCAACCACUGUGGGUGCUACGCCAACAGUUGGAGGCGUGGCACUGGGCGGAAAGCUAACAGUGAUACCGAUAGCAGGGAGAAACGUAGCCCUAGAUAAUAAUUUAAGCAAUAUGCCAAAGAAACUGAAUAACAUGGUAACGGCCAUGGGCAGUCCAGCGGCCAGGAGCAGCGGCAAUGCUGGGACGACUGGUUCGUCCCAGGGUGGUGCCAUCGGCUCCACCAGCAGCUACUUGAACAGCCUGACCACCAACGAACUGAUGAACCUGGCCGCCUAUGUGGCCGCCAAGGGCAGCAACGCCCCACCGCCACCGCCGCCGUCCACAGCCGCCAAUUCGGUGAGGCAUUCACCAACAGGCGGCAUUCCCAAUCCCGGUGGCAAUUUCUUUGGCGGAUCGGCGGCGGCGUCCACUUCAGCCUCUGCUGCUAAUUUUAAUAUGGCCGCGUCUUUAUUGGCGCAGAUGAGUUAUGCAGGCGGAGCUUCCCAAAUUCGCGCCUUAAAGGUAGCCGGAAAUAUUGGCGGAGUCGGGAAUAAUCAGAAGCCGCCACCAAUAGCCACAACUCCCGGAAGCGGAGGACCGGCUGGCGGAGCACCUGGUAGCGGAGUGAAGGGGAACAACUCAAUGAUGGAGGCCGUACAGAAACUGAUAGCAAUGAAUCCGGAAUACCUAACCAGUGGCAUACCGAAUACCGUAUUCCAGAUGUUUAUGCAAUCAAUGCAACGUCCACAGGCAACUCCGUCGCCGAAUCAGCCAAUGAAUCCCGGCGCAAUGGUGACCAGUGCAGCUGCAGCGGCUGCCCACGCCUCAGCGGUUGCCUAUGUCCAGCAGGAGGAGGAUGAGGUCGACUACGAGGAGAUGGGCGUAGCCGAGACAUAUGCCGACUACUGGCCUGCGAAAUUGAAACUUGGAAAGAAACAUCCGGAUGCCGUUGUGGAGACAGCAUCGCUUAGCUCCGUUGAGCCCUGUGAUGUCUACUACAAGCUGUCUCUGCCACUCGAAACAAUCAAUAGCGGCCAUUUGAGCGCCCUGCAAUUGGAGUCCAUUACGUACGCAUCCCAGGCGCACGAUCAUCUGCUUCCGGACGGCAGUCGGGCUGGAUUCCUUAUCGGAGACGGCGCUGGUGUGGGCAAGGGUCGCACAAUCGCCGGCAUCAUUUACGAGAACUAUUUGAAGGGUCGCAAGAAGGCGCUAUGGAUAUCCGUGUCCAACGAUCUCAAGUACGAUGCCGAGCGGGAUCUCAGCGAUAUUGGGGCAACGCGUAUCGAGGUCCAUGCCCUCAACAAGUUUAAAUACGCCAAAAUCAGCUCCGAUGUGAAUAACAAUUGCAAGCGUGGCGUAAUCUUCAGCACAUAUUCCGCUUUGAUAGGCGAGUCCAAUAACAAGACGGGCAAGUACCGAUCCCGCUUCCGUCAGCUUCUGCAAUGGUGUGGUGAGGAUUUCGAGGGCCUCAUCAUCUUCGACGAGUGUCACAAGGCGAAAAAUCUGUGUCCCGUGGGUUCUGGCAAACCAACGAAGACGGGCCAGACCGUUCUGGAGCUGCAGCAGAAAUUGCCCAAGGCCCGAGUGGUCUAUGCAUCCGCAACGGGUGCCUCUGAGCCCAAGAAUAUGGCUUAUAUGGUUCGUCUGGGUCUCUGGGGUCAGGGAACGGCCUUUGGCAACUUUAACGACUUUAUCACCGCCGUGGAGAGACGCGGUGUGGGCGCCAUGGAGAUCGUAGCCAUGGACAUGAAGCUGCGUGGCAUGUACAUCGCUCGCCAGCUAAGUUUCAAGGGCGUGAGCUUCAAAAUCGAGGAGGUUCCACUCUCCAAGGAGUUUCGCAAGAUCUACGAUCAGUCCGUUGAGCUCUGGGUGGAGGCCAUGCAAAAGUUCACCGAGGCGGCCGAACUGAUCGAUGCCGAGAGCCGAAUGAAGAAGACGAUGUGGGGUCAGUUCUGGUCCUCGCAUCAGCGCUUUUUCAAGUACCUUUGCAUUGCUGCCAAGGUCAACCAUGCGGUGCUGGUCGCCCGCGAGUCUAUAAAAUACGGAAAGUGUGUCGUCAUCGGUCUGCAGUCGACCGGCGAGGCUCGAACUCUAGAUCAGUUGGAACGCGACGAUGGCGAACUCACCGACUUUGUAUCUACGGCUAAAGGUGUCUUUCAGUCGUUUGUGGAGCGCCACUUUCCGGCACCCGAUCGUAAUCGCAUCAACCGCAUCCUGGGUCUCUACGAUGAGACACCUUCCUUGUCAUCCGUUGCCGAUUCCACGUCUAGCUUGAGUAACAAUAGUAAUAUCACCACAGCGGCUGGCAAAAGGAAGGGAAGUAAUAACAAUGAUAACCGAUCCACAAAGAUCAAAAAGAAGAAGCGCAGUGGAUCUUGGGAAUGUAGCGACAGCGAGGAUGAGAAUACGGAUAUGAAACGCAAUCGAAAACGGGAUGGAGGCAACUCCAACAGCGAUAGCGACGAGGCAAAUAGUGAUGACGACCUUAAGAGUGAUAUAGAUGAUGAAGAUGAGGAUCAUGAUGUGGACAGCGACCAGAGAAGCGUGGCUAGCGAUGCUAGUUCCGAUUUUAAUCCCUUCUUCAGCGGCAGCGAUAGCGAUAUUGACCCCUGGGUGAAUGCUCGCAGCAAGAAGUCAAAGAAGGCCCAGAAGAAAAGCAAGAAAAAGGUGAAGAAGGAGAAGACCAAAAAGGAAAUCACCACCUCAUCAGCAACCGAUCCCAGUGGCAGUACGGCAAUGUCCGCCACUGUUGUUGCUGCUCUGAAUGCGGUCAAGAAUCGGAAAUCCCAGCUCUCCACACAGGACAAGAUUCAGGAUCUUCUGCAAAAGAAACAAGAGCUGAAAGGCACUGUCACGCCGGUGGGUGUGAAUGGUGUUAAACUAAACUAUGGUCCUCCGCCCAAAGAUGCAAUUGAACGCGCUUGCACGAUGAAAGAGGAGCUGCUGCGCAAGAUCGAGCGACUGGGGGCCCGACUGCCACCAAAUACGCUGGACCAAUUGAUCGACGAACUGGGUGGUCCCGAUAACGUGGCCGAAAUGACUGGUCGAAGGGGUCGCGUUGUACAAACUGAUGAUGGUAGCAUUCAAUACGAGUCCAGAACCGAAUCGGAUGUCCCACUGGAAACGCUUAACAUUACGGAGAAGCAGCGCUUCAUGGACGGCGAGAAGGAUGUGGCAAUCAUUUCGGAAGCGGCGUCCAGUGGUAUUUCGCUUCAGAGUGAUCGGCGGGUCUUCAAUCAGCGCCGACGUGUCCACAUAACAUUGGAGUUGCCCUGGUCCGCCGACAGAGCCAUCCAGCAGUUUGGGCGUACCCACCGAUCCAAUCAGGUUAAUGCGCCCGAGUACAUCUUCCUCAUCUCAGAUUUGGCUGGUGAAAGACGUUUCGCUUCUACCGUUGCCAAGCGUUUGGAAUCGCUAGGAGCGCUCACCCACGGCGAUCGCAGGGCUACGGAGACUCGGGAUCUCUCCCAGUUUAACAUAGACAACAAAUAUGGUCGACAAGCCCUGGAAACUGUGAUGCGUACCAUAAUGGGCUACGAGUCACCGCUGGUGCCGCCGCCUACGGACUACAGUGGCGAGUUCUUUAAGGACAUCGCUGGAGCCUUGGUCGGUGUGGGCAUUAUCGUGAAUAGCGAAAGUCAUCCGGGUGUGCUAAGUCUCGACAAGGACUACAACAACAUAUCAAAGUUUCUCAACCGUAUUCUCGGCUGUCCAGUGGAUCUGCAGAAUCGUUUAUUUAAGUAUUUUACGGACACCAUGACAGCAAUCAUUCAGCAGGCAAAGCGCGGCGGUCGCUUCGAUUUGGGCAUUUUGGAUCUUGGAGCUGCCGGUGAGAAUGUCACCCGCGUCCGACUUAUUCGGUUCGUGCGCAAACAUGCCACCGGAGUGGCACCCACAGAGAUGCACACGGUUCGAGUGGAAAGAGGCAUGAUAUGGCAAGAAGCCAUUGACAAAUAUGCCGAUCUGUUCAACGAGAACGAGGGCUUCUAUCUGUCCCACCAGCUACGCAACCAGAAGCGAACCGCCAUUAUGGUGGUGAUUCUAGAGUCACGCAACAGCAGCUCGACGAGCAGUACCACCGAUUUGGACAGCGGUAGCAAGAAAAAGAAAACUCACAGCAAAAAGGAGAUCAUGUGUCAGAUAUACCGACCAAACACUGGUCUUCAGGUUCGCCACGAAUCGCUUUUUGAGCUUGAGAAGAAGUAUCGCAAGGUGGCCAGCGAGGAGGCUGAGCCGCACUGGACGGAACAGUAUGAUGCCUCGGUUAACACCUGUUCGCACGCAUACUGGAACGGCAACUGUAGAAAUGUUAGCCUGGGGAACGACUGUGAGGUGGGCUUGCGUCAACGUUUGUACCACGUUCUGGCUGGAUCCGUGCUCUCCGUUUGGGGACGCGUGGAGCACAUACUGAAUACACGUUCCAAUAGCAAGAUGCAAGUGAUACGCAUGAAGACCACCGAGGGGGAGAAGAUUGUGGGCACCUUAAUACCCAAGUCCUGCUUCGAGCCAUUGGUGGCCGAUUUGCGCAGUGAUUCGGAGAAGCAGGAGGAGUUUAACUACUAAUUUUGUAAAGAUUACCAGUACCAGUACCAGAUUUCGUUAUUUUUUUUUCAAUUUUGAGACCGCUUUUUCCCACGUAUCUUCCAAACCGAGGCCAAGCAAAAUUUGAAUCCACAGCUAACUAAGCAUGUGCAGCAGGCUUCAACCUAUUAUAUAAAUAUAUACAUACUAUAAAUAUAUAUACACACUAUUAUAAUUACAUACCGUAUGUGUAAAAGUGCAUGAAUUAUGGCUCCUGGACAAAAGAAAAUGCUUAAGAAACGAACCUUUUUUUUUCUUAUUUUUAAAUAGACUUAAUCGUGUACAACCAUAAACCCAUCCAUCAGACUUUGGCUCGUUAUAGUUCAUAGAAACACCACACUCACAUACUGACACACGCGCAACGUACAGAUGAUAUGAUGACAUAUAGAGAACGAAAUGUAAACGCUUAUAAAUGGACUUUUCUCAAUGAUUUAAUGAUUAAUUUAUUUUUAUUAUUAUUAUUAUUAUUAUUAUUAUUAUUACGAUUAUUAUUAUUACUAUAUAUAUAAAUACGUUUUUAAUUGUUUUUAAUGUAACAAUUUUAAGGCUGCAGCGCGGCGCAGCAAACCCCCCAAGAUAAGGCAUUUUUUUUAAUCAAACAAACUUUGUAAUUAGGUAUUUACGUGUAAUGUAAGUUUAACCAACAGACAUUGAGAGGCAUCUGAAUAUAAGUUAAGAAAAUCGCGUUAAAUAUUCGCUGAAAAAUCAUGUGAAUUGUGCACGCGUACGUACAGUUAAUAAAUAUAAAUGUGCGGAUUGAAUG